AUUAAUGUCUGGCUUCAGGCAGUAAGACAAAAUCCAGUCAUAUGGCAGCAUUAUAUUCUUGGAACUAUACAAUGUGCCAGUACUCUGGGUGACCCAAGAAAAGCAGAACAUCCAGAAGCUCUGUUGUUACCUGUACUGCAAAAUCAAUCGGACCAUUCACGUUGAGAGCAGGUUCCAUGAAAUCAAAAAUUAGUUGGACAUGGUGAGCCAAGGGAAGAUAGCAAGAGGUCCCAGAAGCAAAGUGUAAAAUGUGUAUAUUUGCUGAUAUCUGUGAAUAGCCAAUUAGAAGCUUACAUUUCAACCUCUAUUUGUUUAAAGGAACUCUCAUUAAUCUUGAGAAAAAGAGCAGCCAGUACUUUACGACUCUGAAUGGAAAGGAAAAUAUAACACUACAUACAUGAACAAACACUCCACCCUUUAACAAAAGGAGCUGGAAAGAAUUCUACAAUGGAACAUUCAGGAUAUGGAGAGAUCCCCACCACAAUGUUCAACCUGACCAACAGCUCUAGGACUAACAGGACAUGCUCUCUGGAUAUCCAUGCCAACCCAGUUAUUUUUUCUGUGCUCUACACAAUUCUCUUCAUUGUUGGAGUAAUAUUGAAUGGCUUGGCAGUACAGGUGUUUUUCCAGAUACCAAGUAAUUCAAAUUUUGUUAUAUUCUUGAAGAAUUCAGUCAUUUCUGAUUGCCUUAUGAUUAUGACUUUCCCAUUUAAGAUUCUAAGUGAUUCAAGACUUGGGCUAUGGGGGCUAAAGGGCUUUGUGUGCCAAGUCACAUCAGUAAUAUUUUAUUUUACAAUGUACACCAGUAUUAUAUUCCUUGGCCUUAUUACAAUUGAUCGCUAUCUAAAAACAGUCAGGCCAUUUCACAACUCUGCAACAAACCUGCGUCCAGUCAAGAUUAUGUCGACUUUAAUAUGGAUCGUCAUGAUUUCCAUUUCCUUGCCCAAUAUGAUUCUCACUAACAAGACUCAAACGCCACAAAAUGUGAAAAAAUGUUACCUGCUUAAGUCUGAUUUUGGAUUAGUUUGGCAUGAAAUUGUGAACUUCAUAUGUCAAUUCAUUUUCUGGGUUGUUUUUGUGAUUAUAGUCGUAUGUUACCUUCUCAUAACCAGAAAACUCUUGCAGUCAUACAAGAAAACUAGAAGUGAAAGACCAAAAUCUAGAAGAAAAGUCAACGUCAAAGUGUUUAUCAUUAUUGCUGUAUUCUUUGUUUGUUUUGUUCCAUUCCACUUUGCUCGGAUACCGUACACAUUAAGUCAGACAAGAGAUGUUUUUAAGUGUUCUGCUAAGAUUACUCUUUUCUAUGUCAAGGAGAGCACCUUGUGGUUAUCCUCUCUAAAUGCAUGCCUCGAUCCUUUAAUCUACUUCUUCCUUUGUCAGUCAUUUAGAAACUCACUGGUUGCCAUGUGGAGAAAAAGGCAGGCCUGUGUCUCAUCUUAUACCCGGCCAAGAAAUGAGAAGCGGCUCAAAUUAAGAAGAGAAGAGACAAAUAUAUAGAAAAAGAAGUUGUCCUCUAUACUUCUUUACACUGAAGCGACAUUAUCAACCCCCCUUAUAUCUCUGGCCUAUUUAUUUAUUAACAUUUGUCUAAUGUUAAAUAGUCAUUUAAUCUCAAUAUAUUCAUUAAUAAUGAAAUACUUGCUCUCUACUGGAAAACCUUGUUCUGGUUUGAAAAUAAUAUUGCAUGUUUUAUAUGGUUUGUUUUACUGCCUUUUCUAAUGCACAUCACUUUGUGUUCAGUUCAGCUCUACUAGGGACAACUUCUACUAUUUACAUCUAACUGAUCCUAAGAGUCACUCUGAAUUAUGACUUUGCACUCAAGGGGUUGGUUGCUGCAUUCCGCCUGUUAUGCCCCAUUUCAAUAUUCCUUUUUGGCGCAAAGCAUAAAAAGCUAAUAAUGCAAAUGUAUUUUUCACAGAGAUUAGCCAAAUGGUCUGAGCAGCAAUGGGAAAUGAUAUUAAUGUCACAGAUAAAACAUCAAGGUGAAUAAUCCAAGGAAAUACAGGGCAAAGGCUUGGUGGUGGGGAAACUAUGCCACUCUACAAUGUAAAGAAGGGUGGUAUACACUGGUCAUUUCAAGAUCUUAAGGUAAAUCUUAAUAUCUCAAUAGGUCUUAUUAGGCACACUUUUAACAAAGAUUACAUUCUAAAGCCAUUUAAAGACCCAUUUGUGACAUGUGCAGUCCUUCUGUGGAUGUAUACAUCAGGAAUAGGGUGAGAAGGCAGAAGGACUUAGCCCAUCUCAUAUACUCAAAAGUAUACCAAUCAUGAUAGAUGUAUGGUAAGAGAGACUUCAAGAGCCAAUGCAAUGGUGUGUUUGAUAAAUACUGUCUUUUUACAGUAAAUACAAUAUUAUACUUAUUAUGCAUGCAAGAGAUUACUUACCACUGACUCAUAUUUUGAUAUCUAAAAUAUAUAUUAUUAACUAGU